AUGGACAUCACUGAGGUAGAGUCGUUCGUUCCUCUCCGCGAUGGCGCACGCUUGCGCGUGAAGCUGCUGGGCCGAGACAAGACCAGGCCGCUCCUCAUUGCCCUCCACGGUGCCCAGGGCGUCGCCGACCACAGGGAGCCGCUCUCUUCCUUCACGUUUCUCUCGGAUCAAUUCCGUCUUCUCGUCUUUGACGCUCGGGGCAGCGGCAAAAGUGAUGACAAGGGACCCUUCACCCAUCAGCAGUGGGUAUCGGACGUGGAGGAGCUGAGAGAAUGGGCCGGCGCCUCAACGUGCCUCGUCGCCGGAGGCUCCUACGGCGGCAUGGUUGCUCUCGAGUACGCUCUUGCCUACCCCCGCCGCGUCUCUGCCUUGAUUCUCCGCGACACUUGGGCGAACGGUGUGCUGGGAAUGAUGAGCUGCCUCAAGGCUGUUCUCACGAACCCUCGCAUCCAGCCUGAUGCCGAACGCCAGCUUCGUGUCUGGAGUGGAAACACGCGCGACGAUGACGACCUGGCAUCAGGCUUUGCCGAGAUCGUCCCCAUCUACACGCCGGACCCCGAAAAGGUUGCUUCCUCGUCGACGGACGAUGCGGGACGAAAUCCUUCCGCCCCUCCACUCAAGUUGGACAUUCAUCACGCCACCCACAACUUUUGUUUUACCAACAACCAACCUCGAUUUGACCUGCGCACCCAACUCAAGAACAUUAACGUGCCGACCCUCGUCGUUUGCGGACGUCACGAUCCCAUCACUCCCGUCAUGUUCAGUGAGGAAAUUGCCCGCCUCAUCCCUAACGCGCAGUUGGCCAUAUUCGAGGAUUCGGGCCACAGUCCACCGGCCGACGAGCCAGAGGCCUUCCAGAAGACGGUACGGGAUUUUCUCGGACGUUGUGAGUCUGAACAGUCUGAUGACCGGGGCGGCUGGUUGGAAACGGAAGCAUGCUACUACAGCCUAGUCACGACCAAAUAA